AUGUAUCGAAACAGCCCUUGUCAUGGGGCUGGUGGUUACAAUGGCUUAAGAGCUCGUAACAUAACUUUCAAGAAAGCUGUGAAGAGAGUUAUGAGAGAUCAGUCAAAUAAUCAAUUCAUGGUUCAGAUGGAGAACAUGCUGAGAAGAAUCGUCCGAGAGGAGUUUGAUCGUCUUAUUCAACCUCGUCUCUCCUCGUCGUGGGCCCCAAACGAGUGGUCACGUUCUGAAACGCAGCCGUGUCCACGUUUCAAGUUGCUGUUCAUAAACUCGCCGUCUUCCAUAUUCACGGGAUCCAAGGUCGAAGCCGAGGACGGUUCUCCGGUAUUGAUUGAGCUGGUGGACGUCGCCACAAACGCUCGAGUCGUUACGGGGCCGUUCUCGUCUUCUAGGGUCGAGAUCGUGCCGCUGAACGCUGAUUUCACGGAGGAAAGCUGGACCGUCGAGGGAUUCAAACGGAAUAUUCUCAAACAACGUGAAAGGAAACCGCCGUUACUCACCGGAGAUUUAACCGUGYCGCUUAAAGACGGCAUCGGAYUGAUAGACGUGGCUUUCUCGGAUAARUCGAGCUGGACAAGGAGUCGGAAGUUCCGGUUAGGUGCGAGAUUAACCGGAGGUGGAGCCGUGGAGGCAAGAAGCGAAGCCUUUGGGUGUAGAGACCAACGAGGAGAACCUUAUAGAAAACAUCAUCCUCCGUCUCCUGGUGACGAGGUUUGGAGACUCGAGAAAAUUGCUAAAAACGGCGUUUGGGAAACGCGUUUGGGUGAAGUCGGGGUUAAAACUGUCAAGGAUCUACGGCGUUUGCAUGCGACGAAACCAACCUUAUUAUACAAAGUACUUGGUGGAGGGACCUCAAAGAGAAUGUGGGAAGCAGUUGUAUCCCACGCAAUGAAUUGCGUUUUGGACGAAACAGAGUGUUACUUGUACAACGCAAACGCACUUGACGUCUCUCUUCUCUUCAACUCUGUUUAUGAGUUGAUCAAAGUGCUGUUUAUAAAUGAAGGUUCGUUUCGAAACGCAGAUCAGCUAACCAACUAUCAGCUAGACCAAUUGAAGACUGAAGCUUAUCAAAACACUAAAAGCUUUAUUGCGGUCGACGGUAGGAACUUUGUGGAUCAUCCACAAAGGUCCUUACCAUGCCCGCAAGAUCCCGGAUUUGGCAUAGCAUGUCCGGGAUUGCAGCAUAUCAACUUCCAAGGAAGUUCAAACCCAUCAGAUUCUUCGAUGGCUCUUUACCUUACAGCUGCGGGUCCCGCGGUCCAACCCGAAAUGCUGAUGAGUUUCGAGAAGUCGCCAGCUGCGACGUUUCACAUGGACCCCAAAAUUUUAUCAAGUUUCAAGAACAGUUUUAGGGUGAAUGAACACGACCCGAUUCAGGACGAAUCACGGAGUUUAGUGAAAAGAGGUUGGAACGAGAAGGAGAAGGAGAAGGAAGAGAACACUUUUCCUCAUCAUCACCAUCAUGAUGGGCCCUCGAACUGGUCCCCUGGUACGGAGAACUGGAUUACGGAGAAUUGGAUGGAGAGUAUGUUAGUAAGCGUGUCUGGCACGGAAGAAGCUGGAAUGUUUGAUGUUCGUUUUGAAAACAUUGUGGGAUCUCCUAGAGCUAGGUGGUGUAAGGUUAAGGCAGCUUUCAAGCUCCGAGAAGUCUGGAAGAACACAACUACCAGAAGAAACCAAGGCUUGUAA